GCUUCCGUCUUUGCUUACGCGAACCGUACAUUGAGUUUUCGACGCUCGUCACGGCGGCUUCGUGUUUUACAUACCGCGUGUAACAUUUUCGUACAGCCCAAUGUUUUUAUUCAACGUGUUAAUGUGUAGGCUAUAUCAUCUAGCUUUAUAACAGGCCUGGGAUUAGCCUCCUACAACGGUUAGAAUCAUGUGUAUAUAUCUAUGGGUUAGAAUAAUGUGUUUUUUUUUAGCAAAUGCGCAGUUCUGUAGUACCGUACAUUAAGCUUGUAUAGGAUAUUCUUAAACCGUGUUGCAAUUUAAUAUGUUCUUGAUACUGCGGUUUAUCGACAUUAGCAGAUAACUAUCUUGUCCAACAGUGCAACAGUUAAGUUAACUUCACGCUGUGCUGGUAACUAACCGACCGCGCUGAACGCAAAAAGCACGACACCCACUUUAGUUUGCUGUUAUUUUAACUCUAAAUAUAUCUUCUGCAUACCACUGAAGACAGAGUCUUAUUAAUGUGUUUUCUAGAAGUGGAAAACGCUACAAUGCUUGUGUGUAGAUCUGUAAACGAAAGCGUCACAAGGGUUAAAUUACACCACCUGUACCUUUUUGGGAGUUGAAGUCUGUUUUGCCGGCCAUCACAAUGACGGCGCAUGAAGGAGACUUAUCGAAAGAACUACAACCAGCCUCUCCUGUGAUACCAAGACCGCCCAUCCCAAAGCCCGAAAACUUCCUGAAUAAGACACAAUCAUAACAAAAGGGGUUAUUGAAGCAAACAGUCGGAGCACCUGUCUGUUUUAAUUAUAGGCUAUCUUUUAUAAGUCCACUAUUUUAUCACCGGACACUAUGGCGAUAGAGUGCUAGUUAGCUAACGUUAACGACGAAGUUGAUCACCUGCUUUAAACUGCUAAUCUAAUUUUAGCGCGUUAACGCUACCUGCAGGUAUUGCUGUUCGCUUUUUAACAUUAUCCCCCACUUUAUCGGAACGCUGCUUCUCUUCAUUGCCAACAGUCUCACCACAGAAAUAAUAUUGGAGAGGGUGUUCCUUAUUCAGGUCCCUGUCUGCUCCCAUUCUGUCAGCCUCCGUGAGUGAUUGAAUGAGGUGAAACUGGCAGUGGACAAGCACACACACAAAGGUCCAUUGAUUGGUCAAGGAUGACCAUGGAAGACAUGAAGAAUGAAGCUGAUACCGCCUCAAUAGUCUCUAUGGCUCUCUACACUGUGAUGUAUCCCGUCUUCAACCAGUUGGAGAAAGUCAACCUAUCAGCAGCGCAGACCUUGAGAGCAGCCAUUAUAAAGGCAGAGAAGGAGAGCCCAGGUCUGACCCAGGACAUUGUUAUGAAAAUACUGGAGAAGAAGAACGUAAAAAUCGACUAUAAUGAGUCUCUACUUCGCAUGGCAGACGAUGUGGAAGAGUUUGUGAUUGACAGACGAGAGCCAGAGUUCCAGGAGCUGAACGAGAGGGCCCGAGCUCUGAAGCACAUCCUCAGCACCAUACCAGAUGAGAUCAAUGACAGAGUAGGCUUCCUACAGUCCAUCAAAGACAUUGCCAGUGCCAUCAAGGAGCUGCUAGACACGGUUAAUACAGUCUUCAGGAAAUACCAGUAUCAGAAUAGACGGGCACUGGAACAGCAGAAGAAAGAGUUUGUGAAAUACUCCAAGAGCUUCAGUGUCACUCUCAAAACCUACUUCAGAGAUGGAAAAGUGACAAACGUGUUUGUCAGCGCCAACCGUCUCACCCACCAAACCAACAUGAUACUGCAGGCCUUCAAGACUGUGGUGUAG